AUGCAGCCCAGCCGCGCGUCGGCUGGGCGACGCGGGACUUCCAUUCGCGACGGUCUCGUCGGUUCCGUCCAUUUCGCCCACUCCGUUACUUUUGCGUGCUCACACCCGCUUUUGUCCGCGUUAAAAGCUCGCGCGGACACUGUGUCUAUCGACGAGCCUUAUAGCGAAUCCGCGGACGCAGCGCAGAAGGGCGGGAUCAAGCCACAAGAGGCGGAAAGCGCGGGAAUUGCGGGGGAGACGCGCGCGGCGGAAGAAGACGCGGGGAAGGCGGCGGCGGCGCGCAGCGGCAGUGCCAGUAGCAGCGACAGCGACGGAGGCGAGAAGCUGAGCCAGGCGACGCUGAUUUGGCGCGCUGUGAAGCUGCCGAUCUACAGCGUGGCGCUGAUUCCGCUCAUGGUGGGGGCGUCGGCAGCAUACCUACAGGCUGGCGUUUUCCACGCGGGCAGAUUCAACUCCUUCCUCCUCUUCUCCGUCCUCGUUAUUGCGUGGCUCAAUCUAAGUAACGACGGAUUUGAUUCUUUCACUGGUGUGGAUAAGACGAAGCCAGAGUCUGUGGUCAACCUGACGGGCAGUCGCUUCCGAGUGCUGGCAGCGGCCUUUCUCAUGCUGGGGGUGGGCCUCGCAGGGAUCUUCUCAGGCGCGGCUGCUGUGGCGGAUCCACGUGUCGGAUGGCUAUUGGCCGCCUCAAUCGCCUGUGGCUACGUGUAUCAGUGUCCGCCUUUCCGCCUGAGCUACAAGGGAUUGGGCGAGCCGCUCUGCUUCCUGGCCUUUGGCCCCUCUGCUACCACUGCCUUCUACCUGCACCAGGCCAGCAACCCGGGCGCGCCAGCACCGGUGUCAGCAGCAGUGCUGGCAGCAUCGGUCCUGGUUGGCAUCACCACCACGCUCAUUCUCUUCUGCUCGCACUUCCACCAGAUCGACGGGGACAGAGCCAAGGGCAAGCUCUCCCCGCUGGUGCGCAUGGGCACAGCCAACGGGUGUGAGGUGGUGCGAGUGUCUGUGCUUGCGCUCUACCUCUUCUCCGCUGCCUUUGUUGCCACGGGGGUGCUCCCAUGGACCUGCCUGCUUGCUGCAGCCGCCACGCUCCCCAUCGGUCGCAUCGUUGUCAACUUUGUCUCGACACAUCAUCAGGAUAAGGAUACCAUAUUCAUGGCAAAGUAUUUCUGUGUUCGCCUCCACAUCGCCUUGGGAUUAGCACUUACAGCAUCCCUCUCCCUAGCACGUAAAUUUGCAUUGCGUGUGUAA